AUGCCUGCGCCUCUGGAGGAUGCAGUUCCUGCAUCUGGACAAUGGCCCGUUGACCCUCAGGAUGAUGUGCCCAUAUCCGAGGAUCGUAUCUGGGUAGAUGGUUGCUUUGACUUUAGCCACCAUGGACAUGCUGGGGCCAUGCUUCAAGCCCGUAGACUGGGGAAUGAAUUAUACGUUGGGGUACACUCCGAUGAAGCAAUCCUUGAGAACAAGGGCCCGACAGUAAUGACGUUGGAGGAGCGAGUAGCCGCGGUGCAAGCCUGCCGCUGGGCUUCUUGCUGUGUUCCACAAGCCCCAUAUGUGACCUCUCUUCCUUGGGUGUCACACUAUGGCUGUCAGUAUGUCGUCCAUGGCGAUGAUAUAACUUCUGAUAGCAAUGGAGAGGACUGUUAUCGCUUUGUAAAAGCAGCUGGGCGCUUUCGAGUGGUCAAAAGAACUCCUGGGAUCUCAACAACUGAUCUCGUGGGCCGUAUGCUCUUAUGUACCAGAGGACAUUUCGUCAAGGAUGUGAAUGAUACACUUGCAGGAUUGGAGGGGUCUGGAAAUCAGGAAGAAAGAAAACAAUUUGGGGCGGAGCUCAUGCAAAGAAUUCAAGAUUACGCAACCGAUGAGAGUGGCCUGCAGCCUGGUCCCGAGGUCUGGGCUUGGAAUGGCUCAAAGUCGGCAAAGCUUAGCAACACGGUUGAAGAAGCCGGCACGUUCAAAACACUGGUGAAAGGGAAGCCGCCGAAACCAGGGCAGCGCAUUGUUUAUGUGGAUGGAGGUUUUGACCUCUUCUCCUCUGGUCAUAUUGAAUUUCUCCGGCAAGUAUUGGCCCUUGAGGAAUCGGAAGGCCGUCAACGGGGUUGGUAUGAUGCGCAGCAGAUAGAGGAGAGGCUCCAAAAGUUUGGGGAAGAUUAUCCUCCCGCAUAUGUCGUUGCUGGGAUUCACGAUGAUGAUGUGAUCAAUCAUUGGAAAGGUUUCAACUACCCUAUCAUGAACAUUUUUGAACGAGGACUCUGUGUCCUUCAAUGCCGUUACAUACAUGCCGUUAUCUUCUCUGCACCCUUCUCUCCAAGCCAAUCUUAUCUGGAGGCUAUGCCAUUAGGCGUCCCGGAUGUCGUCUAUCAUGGACCGACAACUUUCAUUCCACUGACCUACGAUCCUUAUACUGCUCCUAAGAGGAUGGGAAUUUUCAAAGAAACAAGCACACAUCCUUUCCAACAUGUCAAUGCCGGUGAUAUUGUUAGAAGAAUUUUAAAGAGCCGUGAGGCUUACGAGGAGCGACAACGUGCCAAAUUACAGAAGGGCAUAGUUGAGGACCUUGUUAAAUCUCAAGAAGAGUGCAUAGAGGAGAAAGGCAAUGCAAGAUGA